CAGCAGCUAUUUAUAAAAACCAAAAUGGCCGCCACGUGCAGAUGCAUAAGGGUUUUCAAAUUUCCAGUUAGAUCGCUACUUUUACGGACGUUUUGCAGCCAUGAAUCUCCAGAAAGAAAUGAUAACAUCCCCCCUUUUGAUAAUAACAAAGUUCAGACGAUAUUAAAGAAAAUCACGGGUCGUAACUUGGACAAAAUAUUCGCUGCACGGAAGCAAAAUCUUGAUGUCCCAUCAUACAAACUAAUGACAGAUGAAGAGUAUUUGGAGGCACAACAUGAAAUCAAGGAGAAAGCUGCCAAUGUACUUGAAAUGCCACCAGUAAUGGAUGAGAGACAGGAGAUAAAUGAAGUUAUUGAAGAGAAUGAUGAGCUAGCACAUUUUUCGGAAUCAAAUUUUGUCUUUACAGAUAUCAGUACAAGUGUAGAUGACAGAACAAGAUCUAUAACAAUAAGAGAACCAAGUGGAAGGUUACGUAAAGCAACGUGGGAAGAAAGAGAUAGAAUGAAUUUUAUAUACUUUCCCAAGCCCGGGAGAAAGUAUGAAAUGCCAGAACUUCUCAAGGAUGAAGUACUUGAGACUGUAUUUCAACAGAACCGGCAUGAAGACGUUCUUGACCUGGCCUGUGUACAGUUUGAGCCUGACUCAGCAGAUUACAUAAGGGUUCACCACCAGACAUAUGAAGACAUCUUUAGGGAUAAGAAAUUUGAUGUUUUGAGAUCAACACGCCAUUUUGGAGGACUAGUUUAUUAUCUCGCAAAAAGUCAAAGGAUUGUAGAAAUACUGGAUGACAUGAUGGAGAGAGAAUUGUGGGAUGAUUGUAUCCAAGUGGUGAGACUGCAUCACCUCUGUCAUCCAAAAAGCACGAUAGCGGAACAGGCUCACCGUAAUAACUUGAAAGGCUUUUUUAUGGUUCGGGCCUACAUCAGAAGACAUGGUUCACCAGGAUUAUUGGAAAAAUUAGAAGAUUACAUGCUACAAGCAAAUAGGGAGAAAGAUGUAGAAAAGUCAUGAAAGUCUGUAAAUUAAAGGCAACAUUUACAAAA